GGGACAUUCCAGACGCUUCCCAUUCUGCACACACAGACAAUUUCCAGACACGUAAAUUGAUAGUUUAUUGAAUGAACGAAGCCCCAUUCAUAUUCAAAAGGUGUCGUUAAUUCUCUCUCUUCUCUGUUCUGUUCUGUUCUGUUCUUCACCAUUCAAAAAAACAUUGUGAUCAUGUGGCCAACCAUCAUCAGGCGCAAACUUGCUACUAAUGCUUCCUCCACACCCUCGGUUUUGAAGCAGGCACUGCAGGGGACUCCUCCUGCUAACUCGCCACGUUAUGCCACCAUAGCAAAAAGGUUGGUGCUUCUUGGAAGAGGAUCAAACAUUGUUAACAUUGCUGGUCGCCAAGGUUGCCCUGGUUAUCCAGCUCAUGUCAAACAUAUCAGGGGUGUUCAAGUAUCUUUUGCUCUGUCCAUGUGGACUAGGCUUUACUCUUCAGAAAAUGGAGAUUUAGCUGAUGCUGUUGUGCCCUUUAUGGGUGAAUCCAUUAGUGAUGGCACUCUUGCAAAAUUCUUGAAGAAGCCUGGUGAUCGCGUCGAAGUUGAUGAGCCAAUUGCACAAAUAGAAACAGAUAAGGUGACCAUUGAUGUGAAUAGUCCUGAGGCUGGCAUAAUACAGAAGCUUGUUGCCAAAGAAGGCGAUGUUGUUCAACCUGGUAUCAAGAUAGCUGUAAUUUCAAAAUCUGGUGAAGGUGUUGCUCAUGUAGCCUCAUCUGAAAAAGUAACUAGCAAGCCACCUCCUGAGUCAUCUCCGGCAGAAAAGAAAACUGUUACUGAGGAACUUCCCAAAGCUAAGCCCUCUUCUCCCAAAGCCUCAUCUCGUCCAUCAUCCGCGACAGAUGCACAGGCAGCACAGCCUUCUAAAUCCUCAGUGAAGGAACCUCAACUUCCCCCCAAGGAAAGGGAAAGAAGAGUUCCUAUGACAAGACUCAGGAAACGUGUGGCGACGCGUUUGAAGGAUGCACAGAACACUUUUGCCAUGCUGACAACGUUUAAUGAAGUUGAUAUGACUAAUUUGAUGAAGCUUCGUGCUGACCACAAGGAUGCCUUUUUCGAGAGACAUGGUGUGAAGUUAGGACUUAUGUCUGGAUUUGUUAAGGCUGCUGUUAGUGCACUCCAGCACCAACCAGUUAUCAACGGUGUAAUUGAUGGAGAUGACAUCAUCUAUAGAGAUUAUAUUGACAUUAGUAUUGCAGUUGGUACAUCAAAGGGUCUUGUUGUUCCGGUAUUACGCGAUGCUGAUAAAUUGAAUUUUGCUGACAUUGAGAAGCAAAUCAACAUGCUUGCAAAGAAGGCAAACGAUGGUACCAUAUCAAUUGAUGAAAUGGCUGGAGGUACAUUCACCAUAUCAAAUGGUGGCGUUUAUGGAAGCCUUUUAAGUACCCCAAUCAUUAACCCCCCUCAGUCAGCAAUCCUUGGUAUGCACUCUAUAGUGAACCGCCCAAUGGUGGUUGGGGGUGAAGUAAUUCCAAGACCAAUGAUGUACAUUGCACUUACAUAUGAUCAUCGACUGAUCGAUGGAAGAGAGGCCGUCUUUUUCUUGCGCCGCAUCAAAGAUGUUGUGGAGGAUCCUCGAAGAUUGUUGAUUGAUGUAUGAAAAGCCCCUAGAAGAAACAUUUUCUGUGCUAAUGAUCUCUAUUGUUAAUUUGCAUAAAGUGUAUCAGGGGCAAUGUGCCAUCCUGGAUUUGCAUAAAAGUUUAAAGUUGAUGUGGCCUC